UUUUUUUUUUCUUUGCCAAGCGAGACCAAGCCAAACUGGCUUGUGGUCGUUGCCCGUUGUCCCCGGCAGCCCGGACUGCUGGCCUCCACUCUUUCUUUCUUUCUAUCAACACUUUCCCCACUAGCAAUCAACUCCCACGCGCACAAAGUGCCGAACGCCCAAACCCCAUUAUAUUAUAUAAUAUCUAUCUAGCACUACGAGCGAGCCAAACAUUCGCUCAAUUCCUUCCUUCCUCGUCGCCUCACACUCGUCUCGCCACCAAACACGCAGCGGCAGCUUGCUCACCCCGCUGGUUCGGCCGCCCUCCACCACUUCUCAAGCUUGCUGGAAGCGUCCGUCCUGCCUGCGUAUUGGCUAGGCUAGGAUCUGCAUACGCCUUUUUCAGUGAAGAACCAAGACUGAAAGACCGCUGUCCCGACCACCCAGCAAUUUGCCAGAUUCUUUCUUGCCCCAAAACCCCCAGAGAGAAAACAGAAAAGACCCAAUGUUCUGCUAAGCUGGAGAUGUUCCUAGAGCCAGGCAGCCAUCUUCUCGCGUAGCAAAGCUGCUGUGAAUUAGAGUAGAGGGCCUUUUGAGACACCAACAACCAGAUGGCACACCCAGCCUCGUCAGGCAUCCUCGGAUGCGUCACACUGCUCUGCAUCUUCUCAUCCGCCGCUGCGGUUGGCAGCAACGCCACCGGCUCUGGCCAGAUACGCUUGGACUGUGGGGCAUCAAGCUCGACGAGCACAGACGCUGAUGGCCGGAGUUGGGACAGCGACGCCAGCUCCAAGUUCGCGCCUUCACUGAAUGGAGUCGCAGCCACUGCUUCAUCCCAGGACCCUUCGCUGCCAUCCCCUACGCCUUACAUGACUGCUCGCGUCUUCACCUCAAACUACACCUACUCCUUUCCUGUUACUCCUGGCCGCAUGUUCGUGCGCCUCUACUUCUAUCCCACCAUCUAUGGCGGUAACCAUGCUCCUGCAGAUGCUUACUUCGGCGUCACAGCAGCCAACCUGACCCUUUUACAGAGCUUCAACGCCUCCCAAACCUCUCUAUCACUUGGUGUUGCCUUCUUUGUCCGUGAGUACUCCGUAAACGUCACUGAAGGCAGCCUAGACCUCACUUUCUCUCCAUCCACACACCACAAUGGCUCGUACGCGUUCAUCAACGGGAUCGAGAUCGUGCCCACGCCUGACCUCUUCACGACACCGACACCAACACUAUCCAAUGGGGGCAACCCGGAUCCGUUCCCUAUUCUUGCUGGAACGGGGUUCGAAACAAUGUACCGGCUUAACGUUGGAGGCCAGGCCAUCUCACCAGGAGGAGAUACUGGCUUCUAUCGUUCAUGGGUUAAUGACGUCCCUUACAUAUAUGCUGCUGGUUUUGGGGUGGCUUUUGGGAAAGACGACAACCUUACCAUCAGCUACACACCCACUGUGCCAAACUACACUGCACCGGUUGAUGUCUAUGCAACUGCUCGCUCUAUGGGGCCAAAUGCCCAGAUCAACCUGAACUACAAUCUCACAUGGAUUCUACCCGUUGAUGCCGGGUUCUACUACCUCCUGAGGUUCCAUUUCUGUGAGAUCCAGUAUCCGAUCACAAAGGUCAACCAGAGGUCGUUCUUCAUCUACAUCAACAACCAGACAGCGCAGCAGGAGAUGGAUGUCAUCGCGUUCAGCGGAGGAAUCGGCAGGACGGUGUACACGGACUACGUCACCGUCACGGCUGGUUCUGGUCAGACGUACCUAUGGGUUGCCCUCCACCCGGAUCUUACGACGAGGCCCGAGUACUUCGACGCAAUACUCAACGGCCUGGAGGUCUUCAAGCUGCAGAAUUACGGAAACAACAGUCUUAAUGGGCUCAACCCUCCCCUUCCAUCUGUUCAGCCUAACAACAACGGGAAUGGGGAGCCUAGUGUGAGAAGGAAAGGUGCUGCGCCGGCACCGGCAGCCAUUGCUGGAGCUGUUGGUGGUUUUGCUGUGCUACUCAUUGCUGCCUUUGGUGCGUGCAUCGUCUGCAGAAGAAAGGAGGUAGCAAAUAAGGAGUCUAGGAAACCCGAUGACGGCCACUGGACUCCUCUCACUGACUACAGCAAGUCACGGUCGAACACCUCAGGGAAGACAGCGACCACAGGGAGCCGUACAUCAACGUUGCCAUCCAAUCUGUGCCGCCAUUUCUCGUUUGGCGAGAUCCAGGCGGCCACCAAGAACUUCGACCAAGCCUCUCUCCUCGGUAAAGGCGGCUUUGGAAACGUGUACCUUGGAGAGAUAGACAGUGGCACGAUGGUGGCGAUCAAGCGCGGGAACCCGACGUCUGAGCAGGGCGUCCACGAGUUCCAGACGGAGAUCGAGAUGCUGUCGAAGCUCCGGCACCGGCACCUCGUGUCGCUGAUCGGGUACUGCGACGACAUGAAUGAGCUGAUUCUAGUGUACGACUACAUGGCGAACGGGACUCUGAGGGAGCACCUGUACAACACCAAGAGGGCGGCGCUGUCCUGGAAGAAGCGGCUGGAGAUAUGCAUCGGCGCGGCGCGGGGGCUGCACUACCUGCACACAGGCGCGAAGCACACCAUCAUACACAGGGACGUGAAGACCACCAACAUCCUGCUGGACGACAAGCUGGUGGCCAAGGUUUCCGACUUCGGGCUGUCCAAGACGGGUCCCAACAACGUCGACAACACCCACGUGAGCACGGUCGUGAAGGGCAGCUUCGGGUACCUCGACCCGGAGUACUUCCGGCGGCAGCAGCUGACGGAGAAGUCGGACGUCUACUCGUUCGGGGUCGUGCUGUUGGAGGUCCUGUGCGCGCGGCCCGCCCUGAGCCCCUCGCUCCCCAAGGAGCAGGUGAGCCUGGCCGACUGGGCGCUGCACUGCCAGAGGAAGGGCGUGCUCGGGCAGAUCAUCGACCCGCACCUGCAGGGGCAGGUCUCCCCGCAGUGCUUCCUCAAGUUCGCGGAGACCGCGGAGAAGUGCGUGGCGGACCGCAGCGUCGACAGGCCGUCCAUGGCCGACGUGCUCUGGAACCUCGAGUUCGCGCUGCAGCUGCAGGGGAGCGCGGAGGACAGCGGCAGCGUCGUCGUCGUCACCGACGGAACGACGUCGUCGUCCUCGAACAGGUCGUCGCCGCUUAUCGUCUCCGGGCUUCACUCGGACGAGCCGCCGACGGACAGUACGACCACCACCACCACCACGUCGUCGACGACGACUUUGAGCAUGAUGGGACGGAGCCUCGCCAGCGUGGAGUCGGACGAGCUGACCCCGAGCAGCGUCUUCUCGCAGCUCAUGCAUCCAGGUGGCAGAUGAAAACGGAAAGUACAACUGGAGUAGAUAUCGUCUGAUCGAUGUGCUAUAUAUAUGUUUCUAGUUCAUGCUAUAUAUAUAUAUGUGGGCAACUAGUAUAGUUAUGCUCCAUACAUAUUCAUCAUAUAGUUCAUCCUAUAUAUUAGUAUGUAUUGUGCUAGAGCCCUCUGAAUUAUAUAUCUUAAACAUGUACCUGAGCUAUGUUCUCACUUCUUCAAGGCCGAUCUGUAAUGUUUGCGUCUACAAGCAAUGAGAAUGAGGUGUCACUCUUCGAUUUCA